UACCACCUCUUUCUUCCCAGUUUGGCUUGUCAGAAGAUUCGGAAUAGCACCGAAUACAGAAGAACGCACAAUUCCUUAUUAAGCCUCUCACGCAGCGAUGCCCGCCAGUCGUUAUUAAGACUCGGAGACGUCCCAUCAUCCAUCAUCUCCUGACCCCGGCAUCACACCCCAAACUUGGGGCAAUUCCUCUUUGGAACCCGCGAUGAAAACGGCCCUUGCUCGACCCCUGCCGUCUAACAGUUCGCUUCUGUGUCCUCCACCAUGGACAGCUCCUCGCCGUCCGUCGUAACGGACGAGAAAGAUCCACCCCGGGGGCCCCUUCUCGAGCGUCGCCAGCAGCUGACAGAUGCACUGGCCGCAUCCCCCUACGACUUGAUCCUCUACCUGGAACGGGCCGUCGUCUACUCCAACCUCGCGUAUCCCGACCUGGCCGCCAGCGACGCCUACCGUGCCCUGCUCCUGGCCGACGAAGUGCAUGAUGAGAGCUUCGAAUACCACGAACAAGCCAAGGAGGCUCUUAGCCGCUACUCCACCACCCCCUGUCCCGACGUGCUUAACCACGGCGCGCUUGUCGAAGACCUCGAUCGCCCCCAAGACGGAGAGGGCGCGCAGGCGGCCGGCACUUACAACCUGCUCGCGAACCUUGCCUCGGUCCGCUGUUUUCAGAUCCUCUCGCUCAGUCUCUUGCUCUGCGGCUGCCUGAAGAGCGCCCUCAGCUUCUGCGAAAGGGGUCUGAAUCUUGCGCCUCACAACAGAGAGCUCGCGGAGAUCAAGGGCUACAUCGAGCAGGUGGCAAGGCGAAGGCUGCGGAAGGACCCGGACGAGCCACUCGACAUAAACAGCCUGCCGGAUACCGGAGUUGUGCGCCGGGAAGUGUAUCCCUGGAACACCUACGAGCCUGACCGCUUUUCCCAGGAAUCGCUAUCGUACCUCAACGGACGGCUCGCCGAGAUCGCUCCCAAGUGCGAAGUCAGAGUCUCGAAUCUCCCCGUCCUGCUCGAUGGCGAGAGCAACACCGACGAUUACGAGAUCAUUCCGACCUGUAACCAGUUGGGCCUCUUCGCGAAAGAGGAUAUCGCGCCCGGCGAGACGGUCCUGAAGGAGUACUCGCUCCUGACCGCCAACAACCGGCACAAGGAAUCGACCUGCGACGCCUGCGGCACCGAGUUGCCGCCUCUGGACAGCAACUCCAAGGCGGUGAGCUGCCCCGAGUGCUACGACACCAUCUUCUGCGACGAGUUCUGCUUCCAACAGGCCCAAGAGCAGUACCACCCUGCCGUCUGCGACAAGGAUGUCGACUCCAUUGCAAAGGACCCUGAUGCCCGCGACGUCGACGAAUCCCUCUAUCUCUUGCUGCUGGCACGCCUUUUUGCCAUGUCGGCACACCAGGACAUCCAUCCGCUCGAGGUGAAGGAGAUCAAGUAUAUCUGGGGCGACUUCGUCCCUACCGCCAUGAACGACAUCGACGGCUCGGUCACUGCCGAGCCGCCACCGGAGUGGACGCUGCCUUUCUCCUUCAAGUACAACGUCGAGAUUCCGCUCCACAUCCUCGACAGGAUGGACGUCGACAUCUACGCGACGCUGUACAAGUACGAUCUGUGGGUAUUCAACACGGCAUAUGCCAAGUUCCGCGGCACCGCCUCGGCGAGGAAGAGCCUGCGCGAUGGCCGCCCGGACGUCGCGGCCGUCCAUCCCUUCUGGUGUCUGGCGAACCACGACUGCAACCCUAACGUCACCUGGGAAUGGGGCGGGCGCAUGGUGAUGUGGGCGCGGGAGACUCGGGUAGUGGGCCAACAGCCCGGCGGCAUCAGGGCCGGAGAGGAGAUCCUGAAUCAUUAUUGCGAUGUGAACCUGCCCGUCCAGCAGCGGAGGGAAUGGGCUCAGGGGAGUCUGGGGGGGUGGUGCAUGUGUACGCGGUGCCGGGAGGAGGCGGCAAUGAAACCGACCAAUGGAACUACGGAGCACUUGAAUUGAUGAUACACGGAAAGAUGGGGUUACGCGCGCGGGGAAGGAGUCGGUAUUGGAUGGUGUGGUACAACUUCAAGUUCUUGGAUCAGCAUGGAGCACUGUUUUGGGGGAUUCUAUGGGAUCCGACGAAGUCCUACCCCCCGGGUGGGCCCUCUG